UGGCGUCCAACCGACCCUACGGCGGCCUUGGCGAGCCAUGUGGAAGAAACACACCCACUGCCCAUAGGCCACGCCCUUCCUGGCUUCGCGCAUGCGCCCCGCCCGUCCUGAGGACCUCCCAACCUGCAGGGGGCGAUGAAAGUCCGCUUGCGCUUCGCUUGCAGUUGCUUCCGAGUCAGAGGUCAGACGGUCUAGCGCUGCGUGGGACAUGGUGCAGCUGCGACCGCGCGCGUCUCGCGCCCCGGCGUCGGCGGAGGCGAUGGUGGACGAGGGCCAGCCGGCCUCGGAGGAGGAGGAGGCGGAGCACGGGCUGUUGCUCGGUCAGCCCAGCAGCGGCGCGGCCGCCGAGCCGCUGGAGGAAGACGAGGAAGGGGACGAUGAGUUUGACGACGAAGCCCCGGAGGAGCUGACUUUCGCCAGCGCCCAGGCGGAAGCGAGAGAAGAGGAGCGGCGAGUGCGGGAGACCGUGCGCAGGGAUAAAACGCUCCUGAAGGAGAAGAGGAAGCGACGCGAGGAGCUGUUCAUCGAACAGAAGAAAAGAAAACUCCUUCCAGACACUAUUUUAGAGAAGUUAACCACAGCUUCACAGACUCUUAAUGUCAAGAAAUCGCCAGGAAAGGUCAAAGAAGUUAAUUUGCAAAAGAAAAAUGAAGACUGUGAAAAAGGAAAUGACUCCAAAAAAGUUAAAGUACAAAAAGUACAGUCUGUCAGCCAGAAUAAAAGCUACUUGGCCGUCAGGCUAAAAGACCAAGAUCUGAGAGAUUCAAGGCAACAAGCGGCACAAGCCUUCAUACAUAAUUCAUUAUAUGGGCCAGGAACCAACAGGACUACUGUAAAUAAGUUCCUGUCUCUUGCCAACAAGAGGUCACCAGUGAAAAAGGCUGCUGUCCAGUUUUUGAAUAAUGCUUGGGGAAUCCAGAAAAAACAAAAUGCCAAGAGGUUUAAAAGACGGUGGAUGGUCAGAAAGAUGAAAACUAAGAAGUAAAUCAAUGCUAAAUGAAGAAUCUGUACUUUUUUCAGUACAAUUCAACAUAUGUUUACGGAAUACAGCUGCCAGAUAUUGAGGAUACACUGAUGACCAGGACCUAGGCACUGCUUCAAGGAACUCACAAGUCUCCUGGGGAAGGCUUACAUGUAAAUAAAUAACACACAGUACAUCACUAUUGACUUAAUACAUGCAAACUGAGGCUGAGAGAAAGGAGAAAAAAGCAUGGUUGGAAACAUGGAUAAGCGGUUAGAUGCUAAAAUACCCCAAAAAACAUACUAAAAAGCUUGAAGUUUUUCCAAUAAGGAAAUAAGGUUUAAAAUGAAGGAAACCGAUACGGAUUAGACUUUAUUUUAGAAGGAUCACACAACAACACUAUAAAACAUGGCUUGAAAUUAGAGUGAGGCUGUAAGCAACAAAACUAACAGAGACUUAAAAAGAAAAAAUGUUUUAUACCAUCGAACUCACAGUAGUAAACAUCUAGGACUUUAUUCUUUCUUCACAAAGGAAAAUGAAUGAAACCGGCAAAACAAUACUAAUGGUUUAAAGCCUGCUGUAAAAAUUAACUGGUGAUGAUAACCAAAGAAAUGCAAAUAAGCAAUUUUAAGAUACUAACAUAUGUUGAACCCACUAAAGUAGCAUUAAUGUAGUAGUGCCAUUGGUACGUUCUUUUAUUACUGCUGGUAAAAGUUGGUAGAGGGUUUCUGAAAACCAGUAUAGCAACACGUAGUGAGAGCCACAAUAAUGUUCAUAUUAUUUGACUCAAUUCUAUUUCUAGAACUUUAUCUCAGUGGAAUAAUGUGAAGAAACAAAGAUGCAUGUAUAAAGAUGUCACUAAAGCAUCUGACAUAAAAGCAAAUGGAAAAAUCCAACAACAAAGCAAUGUUGAAAUAAACCUAUACAGCAACAA